AUGCUUUCUUUGGGCAUUGGUCUUGCACUAGUGAUCUCUUUGGCUGUUAUUGCUUGGCUGUCGAAGCCAAAGCAUUUACCUCUACCACCCGGGCCAAAACCUCUACCGAUACUGGGAAAUUUACGUGAUUUUAGGCUCAAGGAGCUCUGGAUAAGCACUACAGCGCGGUCUCAAAAAUAUGGCGACGUCUGCUACCUCCACGUCCUCGGAUGGAGCGUCAUAUUUCUCAGCAGUCCAGAUUCUGCAUAUGAACUUCUCGAUAAACGUGGCGCUAUUUAUUCUGAUAAGCCCCAGCUCGAAACGAUGGGAGAAUUGUCACUGCCUUUAUCAAACGAUGGUGAGAAAUUCAAGCGACAGAGGCGUCACAUGCAGCAUACUCUCGGGCCUCGCAGCAUUCCCUUACCUUCCGAAUACCUCGGUCACAUUCGCAAGUAUGCUGGAAGUCUGACCUUGUCAGUCAUUUAUACACUUCGCGCCACGUCUUCAGAAGACAAGUUCCUUGUUAUAGCUGAAGAAUGCCUGUCCAUCCUAGCAAACGAACUCACAGCCGGGAGUGGAAUUUGGCCAGUGGACUUAUUUCCGCCACUCAAAUAUCUACCUUCGUGGAUGCCCGGAGCUGGUUUCAAGAGAAAGGCAGCUAUUUGGAAGACAAAAAUGAAGAACUUCGCUGACCAGCCUUUUGAGUCUGCCAAAUUGAGCACCCGAGAGGGAACAAUUCUUUCAUCAUUCUGCUCCAAGUUCCUUGCCGACGAGACACUAAGUAACGAGGAAGACGAGUUCAAGCUCAGUGCGAACUCCAUGUUCGCUGCCAGUGCCGAUACCACUGUAACGUCGAUUUCACAAUUUAUUCUGGCUAUGGUCAUGUACCCAGACAUUCUGAAGAGAGCGCAAGAAGAAAUCGACCCAGUUAUUGGCAGAGAUAGACAGUCUCUACCUUACGUCGACGCUGUGAUGUCAGAAGUAUGGCGCUGGGGUGUGCCCGUACCGCUCAACCUGCCUCAUUGCGUAAGACAAGAUGAUGUUUAUCGUGGCAUGUUCAUACCCAAGGGCUCGAUCGUUAACCUUGACUAUUAUAGAGCUAUACUCCGAGACAAAACACUCUUUCCCAAGGCCGACGUUUUCGAUCCAGACCGGUUUGGUCCUGAUGUUGAGUCGGAGUUGAGAGAAAAACGCGAUCCCCGAAACUACAUUUUCGGAUUUGGUAGAAGGCGAUGUCCAGGUGCCGACUUGGUUGAAUCAUCAAUCUGGAUCCUGAUUGCUACCAUGAUUGCGACGCUCGACAUCAAGAAUCAGUAG